AUGAGGAUAAGAAUGAAGAGCCUUCCAUUUUUGCUGUUACUAUAUGUGGCAUUUUCUUAUGCUUUUCCUGUGCUUCCAGAAAAAAACAAUGAAGGAGAAAAUAUGCAGCUUGUACAGGAGUAUCUAGAGAAAUUUUAUGAGCUUCAACCAGAUCCGGAGCAUCUAGCAUGGAGAAGGAGCACUAGCCCCAUGGUUGAAAAAAUCCAAAAAAUGCAAGAAUUUUUUGGGUUGGAAGUGACCGGGAAGCCAGAUCCUGAGACUUUGGAAGUGAUGCAGAAGCCCAGGUGUGGAGUUCCUGAUGUUGGACAGUAUGGUUUCAUUCUCCCAGGAUGGAAAAAAAACAAACUGACAUACAGAAUUGUGAAUUACACUCCAGAUAUGACACAAACUGAUGUGGAUAAAGCAAUCCAGAAGGCAUUUAAAGUAUGGAGCACUAUGUCCCCACUGACUUUCACUAGGAUUUAUAAAGGGAUAGCAGACAUAAUGAUUGCUUUUGGGACUGGAGCUCAUGGUCGCUGUCCCCGUUAUUUUGAUGGACCCCUUGGUGUUCUUGGCCAUGCCUUUCCACCUGGCAAUGGUAUUGGAGGGGAUGUCCACUUUGAUGAAGAUGAACACUGGACAGAAGGCUCUGCUGGGUUCAACUUGUUUCUGGUCGCUGCUCAUGAGUUUGGCCACGCAUUGGGUCUCUCACAUUCCACUGACCGUGGAGCCUUGAUGUUCCCAAAUUAUGCCUACAUCAACCCCACUGAAUUCCUGCUCUCCCCAGAUGACAUUAAUGGUAUACAAGCCAUUUACGGACCCUCACCUAACACCCCGGAUGAGCCAGCCAGACCCACAUCACCUAAAACCUGUGACCCUAUGGUGUCUUUCGAUGCCAUCACCACACUGCGCAGAGAAGUCAUGUUUUUUAAAGACAGGCACAUAUGGCGAGUUUAUCCUGGUAAUUCAGAAGUUGAACUUGAAUUAAUUUCUACAUUCUGGCCUUUUCUGCCAUCUGGUAUUCAAGCUGCUUAUGAAAAUAUUAAAGAUCAGAUUCUAUUUUUCAAAGGGAAUAAUUUCUGGGUUAUCAGUGGGUACCAGGUGCUCCCUGGUUAUCCUAAGAACAUCAACACGUUGGGUUUCCCAAGGAGUGUUAUGAAAAUUGAUGCAGCUGUUUCUAAUAAAAACACAGGAAAAACAGACUUUUUUGUAGGUGACAAGUAUUGGAGGUAUGAGGAAAGCAGUCAAUCCAUGGAAAAGGGCUAUCCAAGACAGAUAACAGAUGACUUUCCAGGAAUUGGCAAGAAAGUUGAUGCUGUUUUCCAGCAUAAAGGAUUCUUCUACUUUUUCCAUGGAUCAAAGCAAUGGGAGUUUGACCCUAAUGCUAAGAGAGUUAUUCGUGUGAUGACGAGCAAUAGCUGGUUUAACUGUUAA